GCGGCCGCUGCCACCACCACCACCGCCGGUUUCCAGCAGCAGCUCUGGCCUCCUCUCGGCUGCGGGAGCCUCUGCUCCAAUGCCCCAGAGUGGCCAUGAGCGCCCCGCACUGGUGGGACCAGCUGCGGGCUGGCAGCUCGGAGGUGGACUGGUGCGAGGACAACUACACCAUCGUGCCUGCCAUCGCCGAGUUCUACAACACGAUCAGCAACGUCUUGUUUUUCAUUUUACCGCCCAUCUGCAUGUGCUUGUUUCGUCAGUAUGCAACGUGCUUCAACAGCGGCAUCUACUUAAUAUGGACUCUCUUAGUUGUAGUGGGAAUUGGAUCCGUCUACUUCCAUGCAACCCUUAGUUUCCUGGGUCAGAUGCUAGAUGAACUUGCAAUCCUUUGGGUCCUGAUGUGUGCUUUGGCCAUGUGGUUCCCCAGAAGGUAUCUACCGAAGAUCUUUCGCAAUGACAGGGGCAGGUUCAAGGUGGUGGUCUGUGUCCUGUCUGCAGUUACAACGUGCCUGGCGUUUGUCAAACCCGCCAUCAACAACAUCUCUCUGAUGACCCUGGGGGUUCCCUGCAUGGCGCUACUCAUUGCUGAGCUAAGGAGGUGUGACAACGUGCGUGUUUUAAAGCUGGGCCUCUUCUCCGGCCUCUGGUGGACCCUUGCCCUCUUCUGCUGGAUCACAGACCGGGCCUUCUGUGAGCUGCUGUCAUCUGUCCACUUCCCCUACCUGCACUGUGUGUGGCACAUCCUCAUUUGCCUCGCUGCCUACCUGGGCUGCGUGUGCUUCGCCUACUUCGAUGCUGCGUCCGAGAUCCCCGAGCAAGGCCCCGUCAUCAAGUUCUGGCCCAGCGAGCGGUGGGCCUUCAUCGGCGUCCCCUACGUGUCCCUUCUGUGCGCCAAUAAGAAAUCCUCGGUGAAGAUCACGUGAUGGCAAGGCGGUGACUGGCCUC